CGUUGGCGAAGGCCUCACGGGCUUCCUGAAUUGUGAAGCCAUCCAGACCAUGCAUCUGGUGUUGAUUGCGCUGCUGCGUUCUUUUUCAUCGUUCAACAGUCUCACGAAGUUGAAGGUUUUCAUGCUCUAAGAGAACCGCCCGAUUCAAGGCUAUCUCUGCUCCCUUAAAGAUGUAUGAUAACGCUGUUUGCAUGGGUGAAGCCAGGGAAUCUGCUUGUUGAAGUAACUGAGAGAUUGUAGACUCAUGUUCCUUGAAUCGCUCCAAAUUUAAACGCGUUUUAGUAAUAGUUGAAGUAGUUCCUUGGCUGCUUCGCCGGCUCUCCUCUCUGUAGAAGAUGAGAUUAUCCAGAACCUUUGUCGGGUGAAAAGGAACAAUUCCGGAGGCUUUGAAAGCACUCUGGAUAUUGGCCUUCUUUAAGGCUUGGACGUGGGCUUCUAAAUCGAUAUCAAGAAAGUCAACUUUAUCGAUAUGAUGAUAUCCUGUUCGUAUAAGCCUUUCAAUGAAUUGCUGUAGGCCCUUUUAAAUGGUGAAAAGCAGGCUAUAUCCAACGGUUGACAGAGAUGACUCAGAUGAGAGGAAUUAGCGGGCAUGCAGAUCGAUAUAAUAUCAUAUUGACGACAUAUAUCAUCAAAUUGAGGUGUUAAAUGGGAGUCAUGUCCGUCAAGGAGUAAGAGGCUAUAUUGGCCUGUUCUCCGGUCCUUUAUAUAAGGAGUAAAGUGUUCCUUGAGCCAGUGUUCACCGAUUUUUAAUAAAUCUGCAUCUCUGAUAGAGUCUACCGCUAUUCAAUGAAAUAGCAAGAGUGGACGCCUUGGAUGGAAGCAGGUGGAGGUCAAGCAGCAAUUCUACCCACACUAAUAAUCUAGAGGAUCUGGUUAUGCAGAUCCAAAGAAAAUAGUGAGAUAUAUAGUGCAAAUGUUCAUUUAUCUCUAAUACGUACGACCAUAGGGUGUGGAGAACAGGGCUUCCCGUCCGCUCAGCCGUACUUAAACCACACGCCGGCAGCCAACGCGACGGGACUAAAGUGGGAGCACGCAUUUGACAAAGCCACAUCUUUCGUAUCCCAGCUCACCCUCGAAGAGAAAGUUGGCUUAGUCUCCGGCACCGAAGGCCCCUGCGUGGGCAACAUCAUACCCAUCCCGCGUUUGAACUUCACCGGAUUGUGCAUCCAGAAUGGACCAAUGGCACUUGAGCAAGGAACCUAUGUCUCGGUCUUCCCUGCUGGUGUGACGAUCGCUGCGACAUGGGACAAGCGCAUUGCUUACGAGCGAGGAAAUCAGCAUGCGGCGGAGUUCCGCGCUAAGAGGUCUCAGAUUAUCCUGGGACCAGUUGCCGGUCCACUCGGUCGUUCAGCUUUGGGUGGACGAAACUGGGAGGGAUUCUCGCCGGAUCCAUUCUUGAUGGGAGAGCUAUUCACUGAAACCAUCGUGGGAACCCAGGAUGGUGGUGUUCAAGCCUGCGCAAAACAUUACAUCGGCAAUGAACAGGAGACUCAAAGGCAGCCGUCUCAGAGCGAAAAUGGGAAGACAAUCGAGAGCAUCUCGUCUAACAUUGAUGAUACAACUCUCCAUGAGCUCUAUCUUUGGCCUUUCCAGCAAGCAGUCAAGGCCGGAGUGGCGACAGUGAGUGAACUUGGCUUCCAGGGCUACGUGAUGUUCGACUGGGGUGCCACUGACACCGGACCGAAGGCCAUAAACUCAGGAGAAGAUAUGGAUAUGCCAGGAACCUCCAGUUUUGGACCCGUUUACUGGGGUCCAAACCUCACAGAGGCCAUAAAGAACGGAUCAGUUUCAACCGGCCGCUUGGACGAUAUGUGCCAUCGGGUCUUGACACCUUACUUCUACUUAAAUCAAGACCAGGGAUUUCCGGGUGUUGACCCGAGCUCGAAGGAUAUCAACGCCCUUCUUUUUGAUGGCCCCGAGACGUACGAGAACUACAACUAUACGUUUCCUCAUACCGCAAACGUUGAUGUUCGCGGCAAUCACGGAGACUUCAUUCGCAAAGCUGCAGCGGAGGGCACUGUGCUUUUGAAAAAUGUCAACUACACUCUACCACUGCAAUCACCGAAGCAGAUCGCUGUUUAUGAUAAUGAUGCGGGUGAAUUCACCAACGGAAUGUCCUUCUUCUACUUUGACGGGGUCAGCAAUUACGAGUACGGCGUGCUUCCAGCGGGUGAAGGCUCAGGUUCCGGCCUGUUCAGCUACGUUGUCAGCCCCUUGGAAGCUAUCAAGCAGCGUGCCAAUUUCAAGAAAACUCUAGUUCAAUAUCUGUUGAACAACACUGCCAUUAUUGAAGAUAACAGUCCGAGUAUGAAUGCUCUCCUCCCUUCACCACCAGACAUCUGCCUAGUCUUUUUGAAGAGUUGGGCUACUGAAGGUAAAGACCGCACUACGCUGCUCCAUGACUGGCUUGGAGCUGAAGUUGUAGAGAAAGUUGCAUCCAAAUGUGCCAACACUGUGGUAGUCUCUCACACGGGUGGAAUAAACGUGAUGCCAUGGGCAAACCAUCCCAAUGUCACGGCAAUUCUGGUCGCACAUCUCCCAGGUCAAGAGGCCGGUAACAGUAUUGUCGACGUGCUCUGGGGUGACGUGAACCCAUCCGGUCACUUACCUUAUACCAUCGCUAAGAAAGAAUCGGACUACUCUUAUGCGCCUAUUGUCAACUCAACGUCUCUCACAAACGCGGAAGAUCCGACGGCCUGGCAGGAUGAUUUCAAAGGUGGAGAUCUAAUUGAUUACCAUAAAUUAUCCGCUGAGUCUCUAUCCGCAAAGACUCUGCCCGGAGGAAAUCCCCAUUUAUGGGACAACCUGUACAGAAUCUCCACCACCGUGAAGAACGCCGGUCACACAGCAGGCGCCACGGUGCCGCAGCUCUAUUUGAACCUACCCAAGUUGCCUUCGACGAACUCCCAAAUUCAGGCAAAGAAGGUACUUCGUGGAUUUUACAAGCUCCACCUCAAAACUGGCGAGUCUAAAACGGUCACGUUCGAUUUAACAAGAAGGGACAUCAGUCGAUGGGAUGUCGUGAAGCAGAAGUGGGUCAUUCCGGAGGGCAAGGUCCAGGCAUGGGUGGGAUUCUCGAGUCGCGAUCUUCGUGCGGGCGGUUCAUUCACGCAAAUCCCUUGGUUUAUUGCAUCGAACGCUGAAUAA